UCUUCCCCAAACCUUCCAGCCCCCUCUCAGCGACUCGCUUCUGAGCCAUCGGACCGGACUCCAGCAGCAGGACUGACCCUCCAUUUGCUUCUGAAGGAGAAUUCCGCUCAGCCCUGCCUCUGCCACAGACUUCCUGCUUGUCCUUGGGCAAGUCACUUAAUGUGUCUGUGCCUCAUGGGGGUAGCAGUAACACUGUUCCCAGCUUACAUCCGCCCUGAGGCGCCGCUCACUGCUCCUUGGUGAAAUGGGGAGUGUCGACCCCUUGGCUGGUAGCUCCCGGUGGGGCCCUCAGCGGAGGAUGCCCUGAAAAAAGGCCUGUCUUCGAUGCCACGGGCACAGGGCACCUUUCAACAGCCACGUGAAAUUCACGCUAAAGGGGGAGGAAACGGCGACAGCUUGGCCCUUACCGCCCUUUCCAUUUGAAAUCAAUUUAAAACACAUGGAGGAAUGUUAUUUUCCUGCAGCUCCAGCCGUCUGCGUUCUUAUCUUGCUGACGCAGACGUGAAGUGUGGCUAGCGCUUAAUAAGAUCGUUAUCAGGCUUGAUUAAAACACGAGGGAGGAGCAGUCUGGAGGUUCCAUUCCCGUGCGGGGUGACGGAGGGAGAAAUCGGCCCAAGAACCACGCAACGCAAAGCCCUUGGCUGUCGCAGAUGCAAGUCACCCCCGCGCCCAGGCGGUAAACGACCUGCGCAGAAAGCCAGUGUCCAGGACUCACAAGCACGGUGCUUGUUAAUCUCGCCCUGCGUGGUAGGCACUACAGAUUGAACCUCUCUAGUCCGGCACCCUGGGGACCUGACCAGAGAGUUUGCGGGACCGCGGGAGGUCACUGUUGUCUGACAGCAUCACCGACUCUUGCACGGCUUGCUGGGCUCUUAGAAGACACUGAGGGGUAAACUGGAGCUAAAGAACAGCCCAGAGCACUGAGAGCCAGGCCUGGUGGCUGUAAACAAACUUCAUGGGACUGCGGGAAACUUGGCCGCACGCCGGAGCACGGCUGUUGCCAGGCUGGAGAGGUUCCCCCGUCGUCUUGACUGGCUGAAUUUUGGACCUUGGGAAACGGUCACGAAUGUCAGCAGAGCUGGGAGCCGGCGUGACUCCAGGAGGCGGAGGGAAGCGGAAAGGGCGGAGUAAGAAGUGGCGAGAGAUCCUCCGGUUCCCGCACAUCAGCCAGUGCGACGACCUGCGGAAAGGCCUGGAGCGGGACUACGACAGCCUGUGCGACCAGCAGCCCAUCGGCCGGUUGCUCUUCCGGCAGUUCUGCGAGAGGCGGCUGGAGCUGCUGCGCUGCAUCCGCUUCCAGGACGCUGUGACCGACUACGAGCUCUCCCCGGAUGAGCGGCGCAAGGAGAUGGGCGAGACGAUCGUCCGGAGGUUCUUCAAAACCGAGUCCCCGGACUACGUGCCGGAAAUCAGCCCGACCCUCAUGACCCAGUGCCGGGAGAACCUGCAGAAAAGCGCCUGCAGAGACCUCUUCAGGCCGGGGCCACACUCAGCGCUCUCUGUGGCCCCGCAGCCCCGAGCCGUGUACUGCAAGGACGUGCUGGACAUCGAGCAGUUCUCCACCGUCAAGGGCAUCAACCUGGACCAAACGGACAAUGACUUCUACGCCAAGUUCGCCACGGGCAGCGUCUCCAUCCCCUGGCAGAAUGAGAUGAUCGAGACGGAGUGCUUCAAGGACCUGAACCUGUUUGGCCCCAACGGGACACGCUCCCCGGACCUGGACUGGAAGCAGCUCCCCGAGCCCCCCAAGCCCAGCCUGCUGCUGGCCAGCACCCUGCUCCUAGACCCACAGGAAUGGCCCUCCCCAAGGAGCAGGCCCCACUGA